AUGUUGGCGUUUGCCAGCUACGUGAACGCAGCCGCGAGUGCGAUCAUCUGUAACGGAACUCAGAGCUGCCCCGAAUCUUUGCCAUGCUGCUCCCAGUACGGUGAGUGUGGAGUCGGUGCGUACUGUCUCGGUGGGUGCGACCCAAGAUUCUCCUUCAGCAUCGGAGCCUGUAUGGCCAUGCCUGUGUGUAAAAACAUUACCACGCAAUUCAACAACAAAUCCGCGCUUGCCAACAUGGACACCUACCUCGGUAACGCCUCCGAAGCUGACUGGGUAUACCUGGGGUAUCUCGUGGACUACGAGGACGAAGAUGCGCUCAUUAUGGCCAUGCCUGCUAAUACCGCCGGUACUGUUAUCUCCUCCACCCACUACAUGUGGUACGGGAAGGUAUCUGCAACUGUAAAAUCGUCGCAUCUUCAGGGUGUGGUUACUGCGUUUAUUUUAUUCUCGAACGCCAAGGAUGAAUUCGAUUAUGAAUUCGUUGGUGCGGACUUGGAAAAAGUGCAGACCAACUACUACUACCAGGGUGUGUUGAACUUCACCAACUCCCAGAAUGUCACCGUCGACGAUACCUUCGACAACUACCACACGUAUGAGUUUGAAUGGACCGAGUCCCAGAUGAGCUGGAGCGUUGAUGGCGUCGUUUCCCGUACGCUUAAGAAGAGCGACACCUGGAAUGUCGUCAACAAAACCUACUUCUACCCACAGACCCCUGCCAGAGUCCAGUUUUCCUUAUGGCCAGGUGGUGCAGCGUCUAACCCUAUCGGUACCGUGGACUGGGCCGGUGGUGAAAUUAACUGGAAUGCUCCUGAUCUCACCAACCCUGGCUACUACUACGCCAUCUUGAAGAAUGCUUCGAUUCAGUGUUACCCUCCGCCACCCAACAUCAAGACCACCGGUAACACUGCAUACAUCUUCAACAGCACCGCCGCUACCGAAAACUCCAUCGAAAUCACCAACAACAGAACCGACCUCGGCUCUUUGGACAAAACCGGAUUGGACCCAGGUGAACCGGCUGACGAGAAUUCCUCAUCCUCCUCGGGCACAAAUAGUGGCUCUUCCACUAGCACUGCCACUGCGAAUGUGAUCCCAGUCGGUAUUGGUGUGGGUAACGUCCAGGGUGAGGGUAACACUGCCGCCAACUCCGCCAAUACCGCCAAUAACGCUGCUACCACCACUGCCGCUGCUGUCACCGGGUUUGUCCAAAGCACCAAGAAGACCUCCUCCUCCAGCAAUGCCGCCCACGGCUUGAGAGGUGAUGUUAGCUCCUUGAAGCAAUGGAUUUCCGCCGGUUUCCUCUUUGCCCUUUCUCUCAUGCUUAUUUAA